AUGACUAACGAUAGUAAUAAACUUCUUGCAGAUGAUGAGCAUACUAAACGUACUGAAGAUAGCGACAAUACGGAGUCAUCCAAACGAACGGAUUUUAUAAUAUUUCUACCAUUGAUAAAAGAUGUUGCAAGAUAUGCGGAUAAUGUUGGAAAACAUUGUGAAAAUGCUGAAUAUAAUAUAAGAGUUUGCAAUGUAUUACUUAAACGUGUCAAUAACGCGGCGGACGAAGUGAAAACUUUACGUCAACUAAAAAAUCAUCACAGUUGGUUUUUCGAAAACAGUAACAAUUAUCCAAUUUUUCAAAGAUUCGUUCGAGUGAUUGGAAAAAUUCAAUCUUUUAUCAUUGAUAUUUCGCAAUUGCAAGGAAUCAGUAAAUAUUUUCAUGAACACCGAGGCCCGGAAUUUUCAAUGGAUAAAAAAUUCCAUAGUCUUAUUAGAGAAUUUGAAAAGUCUACAGAAGCACUUACUCAUGCGUCAAAAGGUCAUCUCUAUUUUGGAAGGCCGAAAACAGAUCAAAAUAUCGAAGAUGAAGAAGCUAUAAGUCUGGAUAUUCGUGAUAUGGAAAAUUAUAUUAGAAUUAUCGCUGGUGGUAUCGCAGAUGGACAAAAGAUUUUAGAGGGAGUAGGAACUGUUGCUACUCUGACUAAGACUCUUAAGAAAAAAGAAAAUAUCGUUCUUUUUGAGGAAGUGCUCAACGACACAAUUCUUAAUUUCCAGCAUUUCCAUUAUACCGAAGUAACGUACAGCAAAAUGCGCAAAUAUAUAAGAUACGAUAAUGUCGAAGUCGCAUUCAAAGAAGUCGAAGUUGAUACAUGUAAAGAUUAUCUUAAAAAAGAUGUCACAAUCCUUAAAAAAUUAAAAGGGGCAGAGAAUUUAAUUUUGUUUCACGGAAUUAUAAUUGAUAAGUUUGCUACUUUUCUGGUAACCGAAUGGGUCACCGAAUCAUGUUUGAAGGAUUUCUAUCAACAUCAUAGAAUGGAUUGGAGUCUACAAAUGCAAUUCGCUUUAGAUAUCGCUAGAGGCUUAACUUAUUUAAGAAGUGCCGAUAUUUUACAUCACGAUAUUCACAGUGAAAGUAUUUUUAUUACAAAUGGCAGUCCGCAGUAUACUGCAAAAAUCGGCAAUUUCGGUAUAAGUUAUGAUUAUAGGCCAAACUCACCUCACGCAUCUAACUGUAUUCGAUACAUGGCACCAGAGAAACUUAAGGAUUCUAGUUAUCCAUAUGAUUUUAAGUGUGAAAUUUAUAGUUUUGGAAUACUUCUUUGGGAAAUAGCUGAACAAAGGAUCCCAUUUCAAAAUAUUAAGAAAGAUGUUGUAGGAAUUCGGCAGAAAGCACUUGAUGGUAAACGAGAGCCAUUUUCCUCGCCAUCGCAAGUUCCAAUUGAAUGGAUAGAGAUUGUUAAUAAAGUUACAAGCUUUGACCCUACGGAUCGUCCAACUCUUGCAGAUGUAUUUACAAACCUAGUUGAACUUAGUAAGAAAUAUCCUCCGACUGCUCAACCCAAAAUAUUUUCAACUAUUCAUCGCCCAACACCAAAUCCAAGACCCUUAUUAACUAUUCAAGAUGCCAUCAAUAAUCAUAUAUCCAAGGGUGGUGAUCGUAAAACAGCAUAUCAAAUAUUUUGCUACUAUGCAGAUUUGGGCGAUUUCACUGCAAAAUAUUGGGUCGGAUAUUACUUGUAUUAUAAUUGUUUAAAUGAUCAAGGAACUGCCGAGCAACGCGAAAGGGCAAUAGUACGAGCUGCAAAACUUUUUAAAGAAGCAGCUGACAUAGAAUUGCCUGAAGCUCAACUUCGUUAUGGUCACUGUCUAUUGAAUGGCGAAGGUGUCGAAAAAAAUGUAUCAUUGGCCGUGGAAUAUAUUCAGAAAGCUGCAGAUAAUGGAAUCCUAACUGCUAUGUAUAACAUCGGAUGCAUAUAUUACAAUGGAAAUGGAGUGGUGCAAGAUAAAGAAAAAGGUGCAUAUUAUCUCAGAAUGGCAACAAUAAAGGGAGAAUCUAAAGCUUUCGAAAUGUGCAAAGAGCAUAGUAUUAAUAUGUUGUAA